CGGUCUCGGUCGAUGAGCUUUUUGUUCAUCCGAUUGGAAGCUCGCGGACGCCAACGAUUCGUACACGUCUGUAUUUCGUGGUGCAACCGUCGAUGCGCUGAAGCGGAUGGCCAUGGUGUUACUUGGUGUUGAGAACGGUUUUCGCCAACACACCUUAGAGCUGGGAUUUUGGGUCGAAAAUUUGGAAAUUGUUGCCAAAGAGGGACCGAAUUGACAUCUUGAAGCACAUUGCGACGUUGAAUUCUCACAUUGUUUAAUCCACUUAGACGGCAGUCUCAAAUUUUCUGAACUGCGAAUUUGUACAUGUCUAGUUUGUUUGAGUUGUCUUUGUAGAAGCUGACGGAGUUUUAGGGGAAUUACUUCGCGCGUUUUGAAGUCUCUUGCUCCUGGUCCUUGGAGCUAUUUGUGGCGGCGUUUUCGCGUGUCCAGCCCGCUUCGUCAUCACUCAGGGGCCUCUCAUAAAUUUUUUGAGGACUCUUGUUAGCUGAGAUUGUAAAAUGUCACCAGGAGUUAUUACCCAGGUUGCGCAAGGCAUCAGCUGUCUGGCGGGCGCGUGGAUAAUAAAAUCUAUUAUAGAUGCAGAGCAAGAGAAGCCCAUGAGCGGAUUCAGCCAAUGUCCGACGUGUAACGGGUCUCGACGAGUGCCCUGCAUGUGCACGAGAUGGUCCGACGACGACGUGGGGUGUAACACAUGUGAAGGAUCUGGUAUGAUGCGGUGCAACUCAUGUGGCGGCAGUGGGACAGGACGGCCGAUUCCGGUGCAAAUCCGUGCUUCCAAUCCGCCGAGAAACAGCUGAUAGACUGCCUUGGAUAUGCUCCCUCUGUGAAAAUCAAGUAAGCGACGCAUUUUAUUCCACCUUGAGAAAUUCUGAAAGCUUUUUAGGGGUGCGCUCUGGAAUGAGCAUUGAAUUAGUUUAUACAAAACCUUGUAGGGGUUUAUGAUUUCUUAAGUGCUAGCCUGCGGACCAGUCAAUGCUCGUUAGGCUUACACCUAAGCCUUGAAUUCUGCUAAGUCUGAGGAUGGGAAGCCUGGCGCCGGACACUUGGAGUGCAGUUAUUGUAGAACAAGCUUUGUUCUUGUACAUUAUUACUUUCCACUGGAUUCUGUUGUAUCCCUUUCUAAGUUGCAACAGGGUUUAUCGAGCAUUGUGUAUUGGGGGUAGCGUUAAGUAUAGUAUGUAGUUCUUUUUAUAGAGGACCAACUAAGCUGAAGCAUUGCAGAACUGAAAGUGUAGUAAUGAGUCAUGUAAUCGUAAUUGGGAGUAUCCACUUUGAUUUUGUGCUUGUAAGUUAAUAGUCGAUGUGUAACCAGCACUUAUGAUUACGGUUUGGAGA